AUGAGGGCAUGUUUUUUUGCUGCUGUUGCCUCCUACGGCAUCGCCGCUUUUGCACGCGGCAGAGCGGAGUAUCCCUACACAACUUACCCAGUUUGCGAUGUGGCCGUUCAAUCUGCUCUCUGUCUGCACGGGGAGCAGAAAGUUUUGCUUCCUAGCGCUCAGCCGUAUGGGCUUGAACUUCACAUCACAUUUGACAGCAUCAGGCCGCUCGAUGAAAGCGGCAAGAGAAACCAUGCCUCCGGGGAGGUGAUGGCUGCAAAUGGCAUAGGAGGUUCAGGCAGCUCGGGCCUUUUCCGACGCAACUACGUAUACGUCCCUACUGCAGACGGGUUACAGACUGUAGAUUUUAGCUACACAUUCUUCGCGUACUUACUUGAGGAUGCGGAGUCUAGGGCGAACAACCAACUCCAUGACCAAUUCUGUCCGUUACUUCAUAAGGGCAUUAUGAAGGAGGAUGUGCAAGAGGCGGCUCCUGCGAUACUCGUCAAUCCAAGGGACGGCAGAAUCAAGGUUGUUGUCGCUACCUCGCAAAACCCUGACACUCCGGGGGAGGAAAUGAUGAGCAACUCGAGAAUGAAGCCUCACCAGUGGUAUCACAUUGCUGUGGUCCGCCGCAUGAACCGAGUGUAUCUUUACGUCGAUGGAAUUUUUGACUCUACAAUGAUAACACAAAGCCUUACGCGAACAAACGACAUCCCACUGUACAUCGGUUCGACGCCAUAUGCUGAGGAUGUUUGUGAUAUGCCACUCCUUAUGGAUGAACUCAAAGUGUAUUCCUACGCGCUAGGAAGGGAUAGCAUCCAAGCCGAGGCUUCGAUCUCACUGGCCGGGGUUGAGCCGUCAUUCAUACACAUCGGCUGUGUUGAUUGCAACAAAGACGAAGCCUCAACAGCGUGCCCGAAUGGCUACCAUCUUUGCGACAAACUGGAGUUGUACAUUGGAGGAUAUCAGGUUGCUCGAAAGCUUUCUCUCGGGACAUCGCUAGUUGCAGCAGGAUCCGCAAUGCCAGCGAAAGGAACAGCAUUAUGCUGCAGUGAUGCCUGA